AGUUCAACACAAGUUUUUUUCCCUGAAAAGAUUCUGUUGCGAGUUCCGUUAGACUGAAGGAAAAAGGAUCUCAUGAAAACCGAACUAGAGGAUUACAAACGCAACAUCUUCAAAAGCUCGCCUUUUUUUUCACAUGAAUCGUCGCAAACGUUAAUCGUUCUCUCCGGACCGAGAGAGGCAGAGACCCGGAGGAUGAGCUGCGACUGAGCGAUGCUUCGUCGAGACCCUGGAGGACCCAGCCCUGGACACGGCGCCCAGGUCCAGCGGCCGGGCCUGCUCCCGGCCCUGCUGCUCGUGUUCUGCUGGCUGGCCGUGCUGGAGCCCACGCGGACCGGGGAGCAGGGCCCGGGCUGCAGCCCGUGUCCCGGGAACUGUACCUGUCUGCCGGCGGGGCCCCGCGGGCACUGCGGGGUCAACUGCUCUAACAUCGGCCUCAACUGGGCGCCCGCCGCCGCCGACCUCCCUUUGGCCACCAGCGUACUAGAUCUGUCAAAGAACCACAUCUCCUCUCUGGACCCCGGGCUCCUGGAGCAGCUCUCAGACCUCAGGGAGCUGUAUCUCCAAGGCAACAGGAUCAAUGUUCUCCCCAAAGGAGGGCUCUGCUGCGGCCUACUGUCCAUCCUUGAUCUGAGCAACAACCAGAUCAGCAGCAUUGAGUGGAGGGUCUCUGACGGCCUGUGUCACCUGAAACAGAUUGACCUCAGUGGUAACCCGUUCGAGUGCGACUGUAAGCUGUACCGUCUGGUCAGCUGGCUCCAGGAGAAGCUGCGGGUUCAGCGCCCGGACGCCAUGCUCUGCCACCAGCCGGCCGAGCUCCGCGACCAGCCGCUACUCAACGUCAGCCUGCUCACCUGUGGGGUGAACUACGCCGGCUGCCUGGAGGACCGCAGCAGUGGGGCCGGCCGCACCGAGCUGGUCAUCUUCUCCUCCUCGUCCUCCAAGCCGGGGAACUUCUCCCGGGCCGCCUGUAACAGCGUCUGCUUGGCUGCGUCGCAGUUCUACGGCGGGCUAGGCGCGCGCCGCGAGUGUCUCUGCAGCAACAACCUCCAGCCCAACUACAUCAGCGAAUCACAGUGCACGAACGCCUGCUCCAACCCCGCCGUCAUGAAGGAGUGUCAGUGGACGCUGGCUGAGGACGUGUUCGUGGUCAACUUCAACGUCUCCUUGGACCCUCUGCCGCUGCUCAGCGUCCACCACUCCGCCCUAGUCUCAUUGUCCUCCUCCGUCACCCCGGUAACGCUCUCCUGGGACUUCGGUGACCAAUCGCCGCGGGUAAACACCACGGAGACGGACAUCACCAUGGCAACCCAUAAGUAUGGGCUCCCCGGACGUUACGGAGUCAGCCUCAUGGUCUGGGCCGGACAGAAGGAGGUCACGUUGCAGGGGUCUCUGACGGUGACCCUCCCUCCCAGGCUAGAGCUCCACUGUCCCGCUCUCGCCGUCGCCAAUCAGCGCCUCGACAUCCGAUUGGUCAGCUGGGGCUCUGUGGGCGUGGCCGUCGACUGGAGCAUCACCAAGAUAGACAUACAGAUCGCAGAGGCCGCCCCCUACUGCCCCCCAGACGGCCUGCCCCACGGCCCCCCCGCCCGCUGCUACCAGCUGGUCGCGGGGGAGGAGGGCUGGACCGACGCCCGGAGACACUGCCUGGAUAGGGGGGGGGAGCUGGCCGUGGUCCGGGACGAGGAGCUCCAGCGCCUCCUAGCCAAGAGGGUCUCCCAGAAGUGGGCGUGGCUGGGCCUUAGUGACGUGGACAGGGCCCCCCGGGGCCUCUGCCCAGGGCUUGGCCCGGACGGACGCACCACCUCGUACCAGUGCAGCGAUAAGCAGGCCUACAUCUGCCAGUACAACCCCCAGGUUCGCGUCCGCGUCCCAGACUCUGGGGUCUACUCGCUGGGCCUGGCGGUGUUUCCGGUCCAUCACCCCGUCCUCCGCCCCCCCUCUGUCCAGCCCACCGUCCCCCAGCCUCAAGGCGGCAGCAUAGAGCUGCUGCUUCUCCCUGGGCUCAGUGUGCUGCAGCCCGGUCGUCUCUCGUCUCUGGAGUUCCUCUCUGUGGGUCUGAGCUCUGAGACGCAGGUCCUCCUCCAGACCUUCAGACCCCACUGCCACCACCCCGGGCUGCACCUGCUGCUGCCAGGCUGCAGCGGUGCGGUGUGUUCUCCAGUGGCGGUGUGCGUGCCCUCAGACCCCAGCCUCCAGCCCCAGCCGACCCCCUGCCCUCCGCUGCAGCAGUGGUGCCCCUUCCAGGGCCGCUGCCUGGAGCUCUCCAGCCCCUGCCCGCCCUCCUCCAGCCCCAACGCCUCCCAGGCAGGGGCCCCCCCCCCCGGGGCACUGAGGCCACGAUACGCCCUCGCAGACGAGGUGCUGCUGACACUCCCCGCGGGCCCGCCGGCACACGUCCUGGUGAGAGAACAUCUAGAGGACCUGCUGGUGUUCCCCGGUGAUGUCAUCGCCCUGCAGCACGACGCCGGUCCGGGUCGCCUCCUCCACUGCCCCGCCUCCCCGCUGUCUCCAUGGCGACAACCUGUCCUCGCCAUCAACCUAACGGAGUGGUUCUGGGCUCGCGGCGCGGGGGCGGGUGGCGCGGCGGACAGAGACCCCGGAGACCCCGGAGACAGAGGAGACAGAGGAGACAGAGGAGACAGGGACCCCGGAGACAGAGGAGACAGACACCCCAGGGUCGGUCUGGUUCUGGACGUGGAGGCGCUGGUGCAGGACGGGGAGGGGGCCUGGGUGGGGGAGGUGGUCUGCCCCGUCAGGGUGCUCUACGUGGGGCAGGCUGAGACACCACUCCAGGGGGGGCAGCUCUCGGCUGGCCUGCCCGAGACCGGCCUCUACACCAUGCAGGUGAGCUCUGCGGAGCCGGCCUACCAGGUGUCGGCGUCCUGCCCCAUCAGGGUGAUCCCCCCCCUGGGGCUGACAGUGCUCCACCCCCCCCCCCAGAACGGGACCCUGUACCUCACACCCAACGCCAGCCGCCUGCUGCUGAGGGUGGAGUCCCGCUACCCCACGCAGGUCCUCCAGCGCGGCCGCCCGCACCACAGCACCGCCUUCAGCCCGGCCUGCCCUGACGAGUACGCCGUCUGUCCGGGGGGCCCAGAGGCCACCGGGGGGGGCCCCGAGGCCUCCGGGGGGGCCCCCGGGGCCUCCGGGGGGGGGCCCGGUCUGUACGCGGUGCUGGACCUGGGGCUGGGGGCGGGGACCCGGGGGCCGGUCUCCGUGGAGCUCGUCGCCCACAACGAGGUGACGGAGGUGAACCUGACGCUGGCCGUGUGGGUGGAGCGCCCGCUGGGGGGGCUGCUGGUGCUGCCCCAUCCCACCAGCAGGGUGCUGAUGAACUCGGUGCUGAGCUACACGGCCUCGGUGGCAGAGGGAUCCAACCCCACCUUCAAGUGGACGGUGGACGACAAACCCUACUUCACCUACUACAACACCGUGCUCAACGUCAUCUACCAGCACACGGGCUGCUACAAGCUCACGGUGAGGGCCAUGAACCACGUCAGCAGUGUGGUGGAGCACUUCAACGUGACGGUGGACACCUUGAGGCCCAUGGCCGACCUGACGGUGACCGGGGCCCCCGACGUGGUGCAGCAGGGGGCCCCCCAGACCCUGACUGCCGCCGUGGGGCUGGACGCGUCUGUACCGGCCACCUUCAGGUGGUCUUUCGGCGAUGGAGGCUACAAGGAGUUUGAGUUCAAGCCCCCUUAUCCCUCCUCCCUCUUCUGCCCGGACUCUCCCAAUCAAGUGUCUCUGCGGAACAACGUGACUUACAUCUACCCUCAACCAGGAGUGUACAUAGCGCAGGUCUCCGUCUCCAACCGCUACCAGAACAUCAGCCAGCACAUCACCAUGAACGUUUACAGUGUGCUCAACCGCGUAGACAUGGAGACGGUGCCUCCCCUGCUCCUGGCGGGCAAGGCGGCCACCUUCGAGGCCCACGCCUGGCCCUCGCCCUACGGCAUCCACUACACCUGGGACUUCGGCGACGGCUCGCCGGCACGGCAGGGCCGCGAGCGGCGAGUGGCGCACACCUACUCCCAGAGCGCAACCUUCAGGAUCUGCGUCUCGGUGAACAACACCAUCAGCUCCACGGACGCCUGCUUCGACAUGCAGGUGCACGAGGAGAUCGAGGACCUCACCGCGGAGAGCAACUCGCCCACAGAGCUCAACAUGCCGACUGAGUUCGUGGCUCGCCUGGCGUCAGGGAGCAACAUCACCUGGACGUUCUCCUUUGGAGACGGGGAAACGUACACCAGCGCCAAGCCGCAGGCCUCGCAUCACUACGCCAGGGACGGCAACUACACGGUCAACGUGACGGCCAGCAACGCCGUGAGCUCCGGUUGGACCCUCCUGACCGUGCAGGUGUUUGUCUUCCAGGUGUUGGAGGUGAGGCCCUCUGAGUGUGUCCGGGAGCGCCACCCGGUGGCCUUCCAGGCCUGGGUUUCUGGGAACGCCCCCAUGCCCCUCUACCAGUGGAGCUUUGGGGAUGGUGAGACCCAUCAGGGGAAUCAGAAGGUCACGCACACAUACCAGGCCAGUGGGAGCUACAACCUCUCUCUGCACGUCUCCAGUCAGCUCAACAACGCGUCCCAGGCCCUCUUCUCCAGCCGUGUGUGCGUCCAGCCAGCCGUGGCCAACGUCAGCCUCGCUCUGAACAAAACUCACUUCCACGCGGGGGAGGAGAUCCACUUCCACGCCAGAGCUCAGCCGGAGUUUAACUACAGCUACCUGUGGGACUUUGACGCCGGGGACGGCCCCUUGCUAAUCCAUGGUUCUGGGGAGGUUCGGUUCAGCUACGAUAAUCCAGGAACCCACUUAGUGUCCGUCACCGUGUUAAAUAACAUCUCCUCCAGCAACACCAGCAUCCAGUUGGAAGUUCAGAGACUGGUGGGCCAAGUUGUCCUCCAGCAUAAUGGCACAAGGUCCAGUAAUCUGACACUCAAUGAGCCGUACCUCUUCACCACCUCCUCUUCGUCCACUGAAGUCCAAUACACGUGGAGCUUUGGGGACGGGACGGUGUUCGUAGGCCACAGCGUCGUUCAUGCCUACAACCAGUCAGGGGUCUUCAACGUGACCCUGACUGGGAACAACCAGGUGAGCUUGAACCAAACCGCUGUGGCCGUGGCCGUUUUCGCUCCGAUCCGCGGUCUGACACUGAACUCCAGCCAGGUGAACGUCCCCCUCAACACCUCGGUCCACUUUGAGGCCCAGAUGGAGGAGGGAGACGGGGUGAUGUUCUCUUGGAUCGUGUGCGACCGGGGCACCUCUAUCCUUGGCAACCACACCAUGUUCUACACCUUCCGCUCGGUGGGGACCUUCAACAUCACCGUGAUUGCUGAGAACGGCUUGGGGGCGGCCCAGGUGAGCCUGCUGCUCUUUGUACAGCGGGAGCUGGAGGGGCUGGCGGUGGUCGCUGAGGAGGAGACAGGGGGAGGGGGAGGGGGGGGCGGCCCUGGCCUGGAAGGCUGCUGCUUCGCCACAAACCGCGUCCUCCACCUGCAGGCGGUGCUGAAGGAAGGCACCAACAUGUCCUUCACCUGGAACCUAAUCCCGCCCAGCUCGGCAUCCAACCGGACCACUAAGAGCGUAGAGGUCAGCUUACCUGAGCCAGGAACCCUGGACGUGUUCCUUAAGGCGGCGAACCUCCUGGGACAGCUGACGGCCAACAGAACGUUCCAGUUCCUGGACCCGGUCGCUGUGCUCUCUCUGCAGAUCAGUGACAACCCGAUCGCCGUGGACGCCCCGAUGAACCUGAGUGUGGUCGCUUCAGGAGGCUCAGACCUGCAGUACCGCUGGUCGGUGGACGGAGAUGUGAUGCCCUGGAAGGAUCCCUGGGUCGUCCAUACCUUCACCAGCGCUGGACGAAGGGUCGUCAGAGUGGAGGUCUUCAACAAGGUCAGCUCACAGAACGUGUCGGACACGGUCAGCGUCCAGGAGGUCAUCACAGACCUGUCGUUCACAGCCACUAACGUCAUAGACGUUAUUGGCAAGAAUUAUGUUCCGACGGCGGUCAACGUCUCGCUCAUAGGGAGCAUUCUGACAGGAAGUGAUGUCACCUGGGUGUGGCUGCUGCCGUGCGGAACCGAUGCCAGGAGGCAGAGCUCGGUCAUCUUCUCUGAGCCAAAGACGACCACCAUCACCCUGAACGCCACCAACGACCUCAGCGGGCAAGCCUUCUCCAGAGAAUUCAUUGUCCAGGAGAAGAUCCAGGGGCUGGAGCUGAAGGUCAGUGAGAAAACUAUUGCGGUCGGAAAGCCGGUGGAGUUCACCGUUUCCAUGGCAGCGGGCUCCGACGUCAGCCUCAUCCUCAGCAUCAGUGGAGACGCCACGGUCACCCCCGACCUGAACAAGACCUACGUCCAUAAAUUCAGCCGAGUGGACACCUACAUGGUCAACCUCACCGCCCAUAACCAGGUGAGCUCUAAGAGACACAACCUCCAGAUCCAGGUGAUGGAACCGGUCCAGGGGCUGAGCAUCCUGGACUGCUGUGACGCCGCCAUCCCUGUGGGGGUGAAGAGGACCUAUGUGGCCAGCAUCGUGAAGGGCAGACCGGUGCACUACCUGUGGACCUUUGACCUCCACCACCUCCGUGGUGGAGGUCAUCAGGCGGCUCACAUGAGCCAGGAGGUCACCUAUACCCCCGAAGAGGCCGGCUCUCUCACCAUCUACCUCAGCGCCUUCAACACCCUGCACCGCCUCAACAUCACCAAGCAGAUCCUGGUCCAGAACCUCCUCCGAGAGGUGGCGCUGGCUGCGUUCCCCCUCGACACCUUCAUCAACAAGACGGUGGCCCUGGUGGCGUCCGUAGCUCCCAGGGCCACGACGCUGCAGUGCUCAUGGGACUUUGGAGAUGGAACCGGCCACCUUCUCACCAACUCCACCACCGUGGGUCAUGAGUACGGCCAGCGUGGACAGUUCCUAGUCACCGUGAACUGCAGUAACCUGGUGAGCUGGGGCGUGGCCAAGGUCCAGGUGAACAUCAGGGUGUUGGGGUGCGAGGAGCCGGAAGUGCAGGUGGUCCAAGCCCCCCGACUUGCCAUCUGGGUGGCCCAGCCCACGCUGGUGGAGGCCAGCGUGGACCUGAAGGGCUGUGUCCGCUACGGAGCCCAGUACCUCUGGCAGGUCCUCUCCACCCCCCGCUGUGAGGACCAGGACCCCCACGCACCCCCCUAUCAGAGGACGGUCUCAAAGCACCCCGUCUCCGUCGCCCCCCUCCCGGCGGAGGUGGACGUCCGCCGGCUGCAGCUGUCCAUACCCAAGAUGGUGCUGGGGGCGGGGAACUACAGCCUGGUGUUCUCCCUGUCCUACGAGGGAAUCCCGCUCAGGAAGGCGGCCUGUCUGCAGCUCAGCGUCAUGGCGGCCAGUCUGGUUCCCAUCAUUGAGGGAGGAACCUACCGUGUCUGGUCCAGAACUCAGGACCUGCAGCUGAGCGCAGAGCAAUCCUACGACCCCAACAUGGAGCCAGAACGCCAAGCUCUGCUGCACUACCACUGGGCCUGUCAGAACACCUCCAAGGGCGCGGCCCACUGCUCCAGUCUGACCUUCGGUCUGGGCCCCAGGGGUCCGGUGUUGGGCAUCUCAGGCUCGGAGCUGGAGGCGGAGGUGGAGUACACCUUCAGCCUGACGGUCUCCAAGGAGGGGAUGGAGCCGCAGUCCUCCACGCAGACCGUGCGUGUGCAGAGCGGCCACAUCCCCAUGGUGUACCUGGAGUGUGUCUCCUGUAAGGCCCAGUCGGUGUACGAGGUCAGCCACAACUCCCACGUCUCCCUGAAGGGAACCUGCUCCAACUGCCAGGGCCCGACCCGCUGGCGCUGGACGGCCAGUCGUCAUGGUAACCAGAGCCUGGUGCUGGACUCCUCCUCCACCACCACGGGGAGGGAGGGUCUGAACCUGGUCCUGAAACGGGGCGUGCUGCGUCACGGCCACGCCUACAUCUUCACGCUGCAUGUCACCGACGGCAACCUGGACGGGGAGGGGGCCGCCUCCAUCACGCUGUGGCCCAACAUGCCCCCCUCAGGGGGGCGGUGCCAGCUGAGGGUGCUGGGGGGCGGAGCCGGGGCGCGGGGAGGAGCCCAGCGGACCCCCGGGGACCCCGGAGCUGAGGUCUGGCGGAUCCGGACUCUGGUGGACCAGGUUCACUUCAACUGCUCAGGCUACAGCGACGCCGGCCCCUCGGAGACCCCCUCGGGGACCCCCUCGGGGACCCCCCUCCUGUACUCCCUGCUGGUGACGCGGUGCCGGGAGGAAGUGUGCGAGGACUUUGUGGUGUACCGCGGGACCAGCCCCGAGCACGCCGCCUACCUGCCCCCGGGCUUCGCCGCCGCCCGCCACCGGCUGGCCGUGUCGGUGACGGUGGAGGACCACCAGGGGGCGGCCAUCACCGCGCUGAACAGGUCCAUGGAGGUGUUGCUGCCGGACCCGCCCCCUGGCUACAGCAGCCUCCCCCAUUGGCUGGCUGAGCUGACGGGCAGCAGACUGAUGGAGCUGCUGAAGCAGGGAGACUCUCAGAGGGUGAGGGAGAUGAGCCUGGCCCUCAUCACCGCACUCAACGAGUACGAACACACCCGGGGCCGGGCGCUGGUGUCCCUCUCCGAGCGCUCGUACCGCGCCAGCGUCCGCAGCAACAUCACCCGCGCCCUGACGGCCCUGGACCUCAGCACGGUCAGCGACAUCCAGCAGACAUCGGCCACGCUGGCCCAGUGCACGGCGGUGAGCCGGGACUUCGUCUGUGAGGAGUGUCAGAACUCCACGCUGAACAAGCUGGAGUCGAUGCUGGAGAUCCUGCAGAGCGACACGCGGCAAGGGACGGUCACGCCCACCGAGAUAGCAGACAACAUCCUCAACAUCAUGGGUGACCUCAUCCACCAGGUCAGCCAGUCCUCCCAGCAGCCGGACCCCCCCCUCUCAUCCCCGGUGUCCUCCCCCUUGGCCCCGCCCCCGGAGGGGUCCUCCUCGGAGGCGGGCGGGGCCUCGGAGGCGGGCGGGACCUCGGAGGCGGGGCCCCUGGGCGUGGCGGCGCGGGCCUACGGGCUCUCGGCGGUGCUGCUGCUCAUCCUGAUGCACGGCCGCGUGCUGAACGAGGAGCCGCUGGUCCUCAGAGGGGCCGAGAUCGCCGCCACGGGCAAACUCACCGACCCCCAGAGCCUGCUGUGUUACCAUGACAACGACAGCCCAGAGUGCCGCCGCUUCUCCAUCCCCCGAGCGUUUAACAGCAGUCUGGGCAGAGCUGCUGCAGGGAACAGCGUCAUGCAGCUGCUGUUUCAGGUGGAGCCCAACCCCUUCCCCUUCAACUACGUCCCUAACUACACCGUUUCCACGGAGGUGGCCUCCAUGGAGUUCCGGACGCAGAACGGGACUCAGAUCCCCAUCUCGGGUCUGGACGACAGCCAGGCCAUCACCGUUGCCGUUAAUAACGGCACUGUGGGCGGAGGAGGAGGGGGGGUGGCGGACGGAUGGGCGGAGCCCCCCAGGAGGGCGGGGGUCCCUACCGCCGGCGCCGCCAACAUCAGCCGCUGUGACUCCGUCAUCGUCCGCGUCAGCACGGGGAACGCCAACCGGCAGGCGGGUGUGUUCGUCACGCUCAACUUCACCGCCCGGCACGAUGACAGAGAGGGCGUAGCGUCUGAGGAAGAGGAGGAGGAGGAGCCCUUCAUCACGACCUACCUCCACUCCCACCCGCUGCCCAACGAGUUCAACUGCACCGACAGGAAGAGGAUCACCCUGAGCCAGACCCGGGGGCACCAGCCCGACCACAGGAAGUACACCGUCUUCCUGUCCCCGGAGACCUACGACACCACCCUGGACUACUUCAUCAACGUGACGACGCCCUGCUCCCCGGGGGGGGCGGGCGUCCUCUUGGAGGUGGGCGUGUUCGCCUCGCUCUGCCAGUACUUCAGUGAGAGCGAGAAGCAGUGGCGUACCGACGGCAUGGUGCCGCUGGCCGCCACCAACGCCAGCCGCGCCGUCUGCCGCACGCGCCACCUCACCGCCUUCGCAGCCGGCCUCUUCGUCCCGGCCAACGCCAUCAGCUUCAUCCUGCCGGAGAGGUCCGGGGCCCCCAGCCUGGUGGCCCUCCUGGUGUGUGUGCUGGGGCUGCUGAGCCUGGGUGUGGCGGGGGCCGUGCUCCACAAGCUGGACCAGCUAGACCUGCGGCGUGCGGCCGUGGUGCCGCUCUGCGGCCGCGACGGCCUCUUCAAGUACGAGGUCCAGGUGAAGACGGGCUGGAGCCGCGGCGCAGGCACCACCGCCCACGUGGGCGUCGGCCUGUACGGCCGCGAGAGCCGCAGCGGGCACCGCCACCUGGACAGCAAGGGCUCCUUCGCCCGCAACGCGCUGGACAUCUUCCACGUCGCCACGGACACCAGCCUGGGCAGCCUGUGGAAGAUACGAGUCUGGCACGACAACAAGGGUCUGUCCCCGGCCUGGCGGCUGCAGUACGUACUGGUCAGAGACAUGCAGACGGGCAGCAGCUACUACUUCCUGGUGGAGGAGUGGCUUUCGGUGGACAACGAGAAGACGGACGGCCGGGUGGAGGUGGAGGUGGAGGCCACCGACGAGGCCUGUCUGCGUCGUGUUCCCCACCUGCUGGGCUACGAGCUGCAGCGGGCGCUGUGUGAGUCCCACCUGUGGCUGUCGCUGUGGGAGCGGCCGGCCCGCAGCCCCUUCACCCGCCUGCAGAGGGCGACAUGCUGCGCUCUGCUGCUGCAGCUCUGCCUGCUGGCCAACGCGCUGUGGUACGGCACGGUGGUGGACCAGCGAUACAGCCCGCGGGCGGCGUCCGGCCGGCUGAGCCUAUCCUGGGACGCGUUGUGGGCGGGGCUUGUCAGCUGUGCGGCCGUCUAUCCGCUGUACCUGCUGCUCUUCACCGUGUUCAGGAUGAGCCGCAGCAAGUGUGUGUCUGUAGAGCAGAUCCCAGACCAGGCGGAUCAGCAGUCGGUGGAGAUCGAUGACUUCCUGGACGCCUCCAUCGGGGGCAGCUCCUUCCUGUUCCUCAACGGCGUCCACGACGAGACGAACUCUGAAGAGACCAACGUUGACUUCCCGUCUCCGUCCAACAAGAGUGUGGACAGCUGGACGCUGGCCGAUCAGGAAGAGACAGACGACCGAGAGGAUUGGCCGGAGAUGGUGAGCGACGUGUCGGUGAUUGGUGGAGCCGGCCUGGGGGCGGGGCUACCCCGGCUGAAGAGGGGUCAGGGCAGCAGGCACCUCGGCGUAGACAUGACCUUUAACCCCGACGACCCACAAGGACAACGCCACAAACACUUCACCUCCUCAGAUGAGGACCUGAUCAAGCACAUCCUGACGGACGGACAGACGUUCUUCCCUCAGCCGGACGAGAGCGAGAUGGCCGACCUGUCGAGUAUUUUCGGAGACAAGACGGAAGUGAUUCUCCUGCAGAGGAUGAGCGACACCCAGCAGCCAGGAGGCUUCAGACGAGACCCCCCGAAGACCGCCUUCACCUCCAACACAGUGGUCACAGACGUCUGUCGUCCGCGGCGACUGCCUCCUUGGUGCGGGCGCGCCGCCCUAUGGGGCAGCUGGGCGGGCAUCCUGCUGGCCAAUGGGGUGACGGCGUGGGCGGGCUACGGGUUCAGCCAGGGCGUGGCCAUGAUGUGGCUCAUCUCCUGUUGCUGCAGCUUCCUGUGUUCCUGCUUACUGCUGGAGCCCCUGAAGGUGGUUUGUGAGGCGGUGUACUGGGCGGUGUGCGUGCGGCGGCUACGCCCCGAGGCCCAGGACGUGCUGGUGGAUUUCCCGCGGGUGGAGCGGGUGGUGCAGCGCGUUUCCCGGGUCCGCCCCCCCCAGGGGUUCGCCCUGUCCCAGGCCCGGCACCAGGCCCGCAAGGUCACCAUGCUGCACUCCAUGCUGAAGAACUUCCUGUUCUACAUGUUCUUCCUGCUGGUGGUUCUGCUCCUCAACUACUCCGACACUGCCAAGGACACACACAGCCUGCGCCUGCGCACACAGCUGGAGCGCACACUGCUCACGCCCCACUACCACAACAUCAGCAGGCGAGAGGACGUCCUCCGCUGGCUGAAGGCCUCCCUCUGCCCGCGGCUGCUCAACAGCGCCGCCCUGCUGGCCGACACCGGCACCGUCCUACUGGGCACACUCAGACUGCGCCAGCUCACAGACCCACAAGACGGAGCUCAGAUCAGUUCCAACGGGGGUUUGCUGGGGGGGGGCGUGUGGGCCAUGAGGGCCCCUGACCUCCUGACCUCCGACCCCCGGUCUGCUCUGGACCAGCAGGGGUCCCCUGGGGGGGAGGUCUCGGUCUACCAGCUCAACCGGACCCUGGAGCAGGCCUUAGCCACCAUAGACCAGCUGCAGCAGAACCAGUGGCUCAGCCACAGAACACGGGCCCUGGUUGUGGAGUUCGGUCUGUACAACACCAACACUGACCUGCUGGCCGCUGUCUGCUUCCUGUUUGAGUUCCCCGUCUCUGAGCGCGCUCAGUCCAGCCUCGACCUCCCGGUCGUGCGCCUCUGGCCAAUCGAGGAGCUCGACCUCCAGCUGCUGCUGACGGUCGUGCUGUUGGGCCUGGUGCUGUACUUCCUGGUGAGGGGGGUUGUGGGCGUGGUGCGUGAGGGGCGUGGCUACCUGCUGUGUGUGUGGCGUCUGCUGGGCGUGGCCCAGCUGGGCGUGGCCAUGUGCGUGUGCGCGCUCCACCUGAGCCGCUGCACAGGCGCCCGGCGGGCCUGGGGCCGGUACCUCCGUCACCAGGGCGACGCCUUCACCGACUUCCUCCCGCUGGCCAAUCAGAGCCGGGCCUACACCAACAUGGCCGCCCUGCUGCUCUUCGUCCUAGUGCUGAAGGCCUCUCACCAGUUGCGGUUCCUGCGGGAGUGGGCGGUGUUCGGCCGUGCUCUGCGCCGCUCUGUCUCUGAGCUGCUCUGUGUGUCUCUGGCCUCGCUGCUGCUGCUGCUGGCCUACGCACACACAGGACACCUGCUCUUCUCCUCCGGGCUGGACGGCUACGGCAGCGUCGGCGCCGCCUGUCUCUCGCUGCUGAGUGCGGGGGGGCGGGGCUUGUUGCCGUGGCGCCCCGCGGAGACGCCGGCAGGCCCGGCGAGCUCUGUGUGGGCGCUGGCCUUCGCGGGGAGCGCGGCGGCGCUGCGGCUGCUGGCGCUGUGGCUGGCGGCGGCCGUGCUGAUGAGGAACUACCGGCGGGCGCGUGCCGAGCUGCAGCGGCCGCCCGCCGACCUGCAGGACCACGAGAUGGUGGAGCUGCUGCUGCGCCGCCUCAAGAUGUGGCUGGGCCUGAGCCGCGCCAAGGAGUUCCGCCAUAAGGUCCGCUUCGAGGGCGUGGCCCUGCCCCCGUCACGCUCCUCCUCCACCAGCGACUGCCAGUCCCUCUGCUUGCCCCCCCUGGAGGGGCCCGAGUCCCCCAGCCCCGACGCCGGCUCAGAGGCCUCCUGGUGCCCCCCCCCGGGGCCCCGCGGCCUCACCGAGCCCCCGGGGCCCCGCGGCCUCACCGAGCCCCCGGGCCCCGGGGGCUCGGUGGGCGGGGCCGGCUGGAGGGAGCGGGCGGAGACGGAGGCGUCGCUGCGGAGGCUGCUCCCCACCCUGGACGCCCUGCUGCAGCAGCUGGAGCGCGUCACCAUGGCGACGGAGGAUCUGUUCCACACGGAGGUCCGUCUGGAGCGCGCCCGGAGGAGGGGGAGGGACCGGACCCCCGCGGGGAGGGAGGGGGAGGAGGAAGCCCCGCCCACAAAGACCCUCCUCACACACCUGCUCCCCUCCAAGGUCAGCCCCCUCUCCCCCCACACCCCCUCCCCCUGA